GGAGGGCAGCAGACCCGUCGCGGCCCAGCUUCUCUCCGGGGUGCCGCUGGUCACCGCCCGGGACACCCCGUACCCCUGGCGGAGAACGCAGUUGGCUGCGACCGCGACCCGGACCCUGGACGCCGCGCCAGGAAUCCUAAAACCAAAAUACUUGGAACGGAAACGGAAACAUGGCUCUCCAUCUCAAGCUCCUGUGGGCAGUUGUGGCCCUGCUUCUCCAGGAUUCCCUAUCCGCUGAAGAUGAAAUACGAUCGAGUUGUCGUACUGCUCCGACAGAUUUAGUUUUCAUCUUAGAUGGUUCUUACAGCGUUGGCCCAGAAAACUUUGAAAUAGUCAAAAGGUGGCUUGUCAAUAUCACAAAAAACUUUGACAUAGGACCAAAGUUUAUUCAGGUUGGAGUGGUCCAGUACAGUGACUACCCUGUCCUGGAGAUUCCUCUUGGAAGCCACAUUUCGGGAGAGAAUUUGAUGACAGCGAUGGAAUCCAUACACUACUUAGGAGGGAACACAAGGACUGGCAAGGCCAUCCAGUUUGCACUUGAUUACCUCUUUGCCAAGUCCUCCCGCUUUCUGACUAAGAUCGCAGUGGUACUUACGGAUGGUAAAUCCCAAGAUGAAGUCAAAGAUGCGGCAGAAGCAGCAAGAGACAAUAAAAUAACAUUAUUUGCCAUUGGGGUUGGCUCGGAAACAGAAGAUGCAGAACUUAGAGCUAUUGCUAACAAGCCUUCCUCUACGUACGUGUUUUAUGUCGAGGACUAUAUUGCGAUAUCCAAAAUAAGGGAGGUGAUGAAGCAAAAGCUUUGUGAAGAAUCUGUCUGUCCAACACGAAUUCCAGUGGCAGCUCGAGAUGAGAAGGGGUUUGACAUUCUUUUAGGCUUGGGUGUAAAGAAAAAGGUUAAGAAAAGAAUCCAGCUUUCACCGUCAAAGAUUAAAGGAUAUGAAGUAACAUCAAAAGUUGAUUUAUCAGAAUCCACAAGCAAUGUUUUCCCAGAAGGUCUUCCUCCAUCAUAUGUAUUUGUCUCCACUCAGAGAUUUAAGGUCAAGAAGAUGUGGGAUUUAUGGAGAAUUUUAACCAUUGAUGGAAGGCCACAGAUAGCAGUUACCUUAAAUGCUGUGGAUAAAACAUUACUAUUUACAACAACCAGCAUUAUUAAUGGCUCACAAGUGGUCACUUUUGCUCACCCUCAAGUUAAGAUAUUAUUUGAUGAAGGCUGGCAUCAAAUUCGUCUCUUAGUAACAGAACAAGAUGUAACUCUGUAUAUUGAUGAUCAACAAAUUGAAAACAAACCCUUACAUCCAGUUUUAGGGAUUUUCAUCAGUGGCCAAACCCAAAUUGGAAAAUACUCUGGGAAAGAAGAAACUGUUCAGUUUGAUGUCCAGAAGUUGCGAAUCUACUGUGACCCAGAACAGAACAACCGGGAGACAGCGUGUGAGAUUCCCGGAUUUAACGGUGAGUGCCUCAAUGGUCCCAGUGAUGUAGGUUCAACUCCAGCUCCCUGUAUGUGUCCUCCGGGAAAGCCAGGACUCCAAGGCCCCAAAGGUGACCCUGGACAGCCUGGGAACCCUGGCUACCCUGGACAGCCUGGUCAAGAUGGUAAGCCUGGAUAUCAGGGAGUCUCAGGAUCCCCAGGUGUUCCAGGAUCCCCAGGAAUACAAGGAGCACGAGGACUGCCAGGUUACAAAGGAGAACCAGGGAGAGAUGGCGAAAAGGGUGACCGUGGACUUCCUGGUUUUCCUGGGCUCCAUGGGAUGCCAGGAUCAAAGGGUGAAAUGGGCCCCCAAGGUGAUAAAGGAUCACCCGGAUUUUAUGGCAAAAAGGGUGCAAAAGGUGAAAAGGGGAAUGCUGGUUUUCCUGGCCUCCCUGGACGUGCUGGAGAACCAGGACGACAUGGAAAGGAUGGAUUAAUGGGUAGUACUGGUUACAAGGGAGAAGCAGGACCUCCAGGUGCUCCGGGCCAGGAUGGAUCACGGGGAGAGCCUGGAAUCCCAGGAUUUCCUGGAAGCCAAGGAUUAAUGGGACAAAAGGGAGAAAUUGGGCCUCCAGGACCAUUAGGAAAAAAAGGAGCUCCGGGGAUACCUGGUUUGAUGGGAAGCGAUGGCUCACCAGGUCAGCCUGGAACUCCAGGAUCUAAGGGAAAUAAAGGUGAACCUGGACUUCAAGGGAUGCCUGGGGCUUCUGGGCUCAAGGGAGAGCAAGGAGCAGUGGGUCCCCCGGGAGAACCAGGAUACCUGGGUUUACCUGGAAUUCAAGGGAAAAAGGGGGACAAAGGAGAUCAAGGUGAAAAAGGCAUUCAGGGUCAAAAGGGAGAAAAUGGAAGACCAGGGAUUCCAGGACAACAGGGAAUUCAAGGUCAUCAUGGUACAAGAGGAGAGAAAGGUGAAAAGGGAGAACCUGGUUUCAGAGGUGCCACCGGACCCAAAGGAGAGUCUGGGAUGGAUGGCCUGAUGGGGCCUGUGGGUCCCCAGGGACAACCUGGGGAAACAGGCCCUCAGGGGCCUCCAGGAUUGGAUGGGAAGCCUGGAAGAGAAUUUUCAGAACAGUUUAUUCGACAAGUUUGCACUGAUGUGUUAAGAGCCCAGCUACCAGUCUUACUUCAGAGUGGAAGGAUUCAAACUUGUGAUCGUUGCCAGUCCCAACAUGGUUCCCCUGGUGUUCCUGGGCCACCUGGUCCUAUAGGCCCAGAAGGUCCCCGAGGAUUUCCUGGUUUGCCAGGAAGAGAGGGUGUUCCUGGACUAAUGGGUGCUCCUGGACGCCCAGGUGCCAGAGGAUUCAAAGGCCUACCAGGAAGAAAUGGGGCAAAGGGGAGCCAAGGGUUUGGGUACCCUGGAGAGCAAGGUCCUCCUGGUCCACCAGGUCCAGAGGGCCCUCCUGGAAUAAGCAAAGAAGGUCCUCCGGGAGACCCAGGUCUUCCUGGGAAAGAUGGAGAUCAUGGAAAACCUGGCAUCCAAGGGCAGCCAGGCCCCCCAGGCAUCUGCGAUCCAUCGCUGUGUUUUAGUGUAAUUGUCGGGAGAGAUCCAUUUAGGAAAGGACCAAACUAUUAGUGCCUGAUGCCUCAUUCAGCAACCUAGGCAGGGGGCUUUUCUUCUGUGGCCUUUUGAAUCUCAGGAAGAUAACAACAGUCAUCCCUUGAAAAGGAACUGAAGUACCUCGGCGUUUUUAAUUAUUAUUUUUCCUUAAGGAAAAAUAGAGAAAAAGUCACAUAUACUGAUCUUACAGGAUCCUUCGUAAUUUGGAGCCUCUAGAUUAGUAGCAUUAACUAAGUCUCAAGGGUUUCUUGUAAGUCCAUUUGUUUUCAUCAAAGCUGAACAUGAAAACCUCCAUUGCCUGUUAGCCAGUCCAUGGCGGUCACUGUGAACUAUUUCACAUGCAGCAGAGUAUUUGAAUUCAGUUUCAUGUCCGUGUGAAUUUCAUGCUUCGUAACUCACGCUUCUUCAUUAGACAGAACAUGUUUCUGGUCAUUCAUUGGAAAUGAGAUCAGGGCUGAUAUUCAGCUGGGACAGACCAUAUCGCCACACCAGGCAUUGACUCCAGUGUCUGUGCUUACUGGAUGGGGCAAUGGACUGCGGGUUGCUCAACGUCUUGAAUUUUACAUGUGAAUAAGAUUAAUGUGUUUCUUAUUUCAUUUGCAAAUUUUCAAAUUUGAUUAAUGACAAAGCUAAGAAAGUAUCAGCUUACAGGAAAAAAUAUUUUUAAAAAGUGCCAUUGUACCUGGUCAAUAUAUUCAAAGCAAACAGAAGCUUAGAAAUACUAAAGACUUUCUUCUUCAGACUUGCUUGGUAAUUGGAAUGUUUGUUGCAUGCCUUCAUGUUCCAUUUCACUUAUUAUAUGUGUAUGUUCAUAUAUGUUAACUUUCAUUGUAGCAAAGCUAAUGGGAAUAAAUGCUGUGGUUGAAGGAAACUCCACAGUUCCUAGUAUGUCUUGAUGUUUUAAGUAGACUAUAAUAUUAAGAAUAGUCUUUGGGUACUGUACUUAAUGCUUUUGUAAGGAACAUAAUUUGAGAUACUUUAUCUUUAUUAUGCUC